UAAUUUUUCAUGUAAUUUUUUUGAAUUUUUUUUCAACUGAUAAGUGAUUUAUGUAGAUUACUACGUGAGUGUGAUGCAUAUCAGUUUACACUGCGCAUUAAAUCAAAAUAAAAUGUAGAACAAAUUAUAACAUGCAAAUCAUAAACAAUUUCAGUGCUACAACAGACAACAAUGAGUACCACAUGAAUAAACAUAAAUGUUGAUUCUUGUUAUUAAAUAUUGUGAUGUGUUUUUGUAUAAAGAAGAUCAACGUUUUUAUCUGUUAAAAAUUGAAUCAAGAAAAGUAUCAAAUUAGUUGCUCUCGAGAUCUACGAACUACCAGUCGAAUAAUGUCAAAUGAAAAAAGGUACAAGUACACAAUAUCCUCAAACAACGGGAUUUUAUCAUCGGAACAAAGGGAUUUUUUUGAAAUUAAUGGAUAUAUUAUCAUUAAACACUUGAUAAAUGAAACCUUAUUGGACCAAUUCAAACAAAGAUUCAUCGAUAUAUGUGAAGAUAAGGUUAACCGAGGAGGAAUAACCGUGAUGAAAGAUAUAUCAUCGGUGAAAAGAAAUCUAAGAGCAAUUUCUAAUGAACGUGUCGUUAAUAAAAUUCAAGACAUUGUAUGGGAUGAUGUAUUCGAACAGUACUUUCUACAUCCAGAAUUACUCGAUUAUGUACAAUGUUUCACGGGAAACAAUAUAAUGGCAAUGCAUUCAAUGUUAAUAAACAAACCCCCGGAUACUGGCUCGAUGACUUCAAGACAUCCAAUGCAUCAGGAUUUGCAUUACUUUGCAUUUCGGCCGGCAGACAGAAUCGUAGCUACGUGGACAGCUAUGCAAAUGGUCACAAAAGCUAACGGGUGUCUGUUUGUUUUGCCAGGUUCACAUGAACAUCCGGGUAUACUUCUUCCGCACGAAUAUCCGGAAUGGAAGGGCGGAGUGAAUAAAGGUUUCCACGGGAUUACCGGGUACGAUAGUUACCAAAAAAAAUAUUUGGAUAUGAAUCCUGGUGACACGGUACUUUUUCACCCAUUACUAAUACACGGAUCUGGACCGAAUACGUCACAAGAAACAAGAAAAGCAAUUUCUUGUCAUUUCGCAUCCUGUGAAUGCCGAUAUAUAGAUGUAACUGGUACAACACAACAAAAUAUCGCUAUUGAAGUCAAAGAAAUAGCACGUCGGAGAGGUUUCAAUGACAUGGACUUCAAAGACUUUUGGAAGUUUCGAAGUCGACUAGUGCGUGGAUUGAAAAUGCAUUUAUAACUCGACCAAAUUACCUGCAAACGCAUAAAUGAUAAAAUAUUAUCUUAUAAAAUUGAGUUAAUAUGAGUUUUACUUACAUGUCAU